AUGAACGACGCAGCUCCUCGCAAAAAGAUCAUCGUUGCCUUGACAGGCGCGACAGGCGCGCAAAUCGGUAUCCACGUUCUCCAGACCCUUCGCCGGCUCAACGUGGAAACGCACCUCAUCAUUAGCAAGUGGGCCGCCGAGACGAUAAAGUGGGAAACGGAUUACACGCCUGCCGCGGUAAAAGCUCUUGCCGACCAUACCCACAGCUCCCACGACCUGGCCGCGCCCAUUUCGAGCGGCUCGUAUCGCGUGGACGGCAUGAUUGUCGUUCCAUGUUCAGUCAAGACUCUCGCUGCGAUCAAUGCGGGUAUCUGUGAUGACUUGGUCACGAGGGCGGCGGAUGUUUGUUUAAAAGAGCGGAGGAGACUGGUCUUAUCUCUAAGAGAGACGCCGUUUAGUGAGAUCCAUUUGAGGAACAUGAUGGAGGUCACGAGGGCAGGGGCAAUCGUCGCGCCGCCUGUUAUAGGGUUUUAUACGCGGCCGUCGUCCAUUGACGAUAUUCUCGACCAGAUGGUUGGGAGGUUGUUAGACCUUUUCGAUUUGGAUACGAGAAAUUUCGAAAGAUGGGAUGGAAUGCAGAAAAAUACCAUAAGUAGCAAAUGA